CUGCAGCAGCUUCUAGAAGAACAUAAGAAGAGUGUGAGGAGGAGAUGUGAACGUGUGACUGAAGGAAGUGAUGAAGCAGGAGGAGGAAGCCUCCUCAACAGGAUCUACACUGAGCUCCACAUCACAGAGGGACUCAGUGAGGAGCUUCAGAGGGAACCUGAGCUGAAGCAGCUGGAGACAGCUUCCAGGAAGGAGAGCCUCCAUCACACUGCCAUCAGGGUUCAGGACAUCUUCAAAGCCUGGGCCCAGCAGCACACACACAUCCGAGUGGUUGUGACCAGCGGCGUGGCCGGCAGCGGAAAAACCUUCUCGGUGCACAAGUUCAGUCUGGACUGGGCCGAGGGCCUGGAGAACCAGGAUGUCAGUGUGCUGGUGGUGCUCUCCUUCAGGGAGCUGAACCUGCUGGGAGAGCGGCCGUACAGUCUCCUCUCGCUGCUGGCUGUUUUCCAUCCCACGCUCCAGAAGCUGACGGCAGAGGAGCUGGCCGUCUGCAAACUGCUCUUCAUCUUUGACGGCCUGGAUGAAAGCAGACUUUCUCUGGACUUCGGCGGCGGCCGGCGGCUGCUCGACGUCUCCCGGCAGUCUUCGGUGGGCGAGCUGCUCACUAACCUCAUCCGGGGGGAUCUGCUGCCCUCGGCUCGGGUCUGGAUCACUUCCCGACCGGCGGCGGUCCAUCAGAUCCCUCCAACAUGUGUGGACAGACUGACAGAAGUGCGAGGCUUCACUGACGCCCAGAAGGAGGAGUACUUCAGGAGGAGGCUGAGUGAUGAGGAGCUGAGCAGCAGAAUCAUCUCCCACAUCCAGACCUCCAGGAGCCUCCACAUCAUGUGUGGAAUCCCAGUCUUCUGCUGGAUCACUGCUACAGUUCUGGAGCACAUGUUGAGCAGCGAGCAGAGAGGAGAGCUGCCCCAGACCCUGACUGACAUGUACUCCCACUUUGUGCUGCUUCAGACACACAGGAAGAAGCUCAAGUACCAUGAAGGACCUGAUACGGGUCCACAGGAGCUGACGGAGGCUGACAGGGAGCUUCUUCUGAAGCUGGGCAGGAUGGCCUUGGAACAUCUGGACAAAGGAAACAUCCUGUUCUACCAAGAAGACCUGGAGCAGUGUGGUCUGGAUGUGACUGAGGCCUCGCUGUACUCUGGAAUCUGUACUCAGAUCUUCAAGAGAGAGUCUGUGAUCUUCCAGAAAGCCGUCUACAGCUUCGUCCAUCUGACUGUUCAGGAGUUUCUGGCUGCAGUCUUCAUGUUCCACUGUUUCACCAGCAGGAAGACAGACGUGCUGGAGACCUUCAUUGGAAUGUCUUAUAAUACUUUCCCAUCUAUGAGUGCCUUCCUGAAGGCAGUCCUGCAGAAAUCCCUCAGCAGUCAGAACGGCCACCUGGACCUGUUUGUCCGCUUCCUUCAUGGCCUCUCUCUGGAAUCCAACCAGAGACUCUUAGAAGGUCUGCUGGGUCCAACAGAGAUCAGUCCAGGAACCAUCCAGAGAGUCAUCAAGAAGCUGAAGGUGAUCAGCAGUAGAGAAGUGUCUCCUGACAGAAGCAUCAACAUCUUCCACUGUCUGACGGAGAUGAAGGACCUCUCAGUCCAUCAGGACAUCCAAGAGUUCCUGAAGUCAGAGAACAGAUCAGAGAAGAGACUCUCUGAGAUCCACUGCUCAGCUCUGGCCUACAUGCUGCAGAUGUCAGACCAGGUCCUGGAGGAGUUGGACCUGGACAAGUACAACACAUCAAUGGAAGGACGACAGAGACUGAUCCCAGCUGUGAAGAACUGCAGGAAGGCUGAUCUUUCUGGCUGUGGACUCUCUGAUCCUCACUGUGAAGUGAUCUCCUCAGCUCUGACCUCUGACCCCUCCCAUCUGAAACAUCUGGACCUGAGUUGGAACAAGCUGGAGGAUUCCUCAGUGAAGAUUGUGUGUUCUGGACUGGAGAGUCCAAACUGUAACCUGGAGACUCUGAGCUUGAAGGACUGCAGUUUGUCAGAGAUCAGCUGUUCUUCUGUGGCCUCAGCUCUGAAGUCCAACCCCUCCCUCCAGAAACAUCUGGAACAUCUGGACCUGAGCAGUAACCCUCUGCAGGAUUCAGCAGUUUCUCAGCUGUGUGGUUUUCUGCAGAGUCCACUCUGUGGUCUGCAGACUCUGAGGUUGAAGGACUGCAGUUUGUCAGAGAUCAGCUGUUCUUCUCUGGCCUCAGCUCUGAAGUCCAACCCCACCCUCCAGAAACAUUUGGAACAUCUGGACCUGAGCAGGAACCCUCUGCAGGAUUCAGCAGUUUCUCAGCUGUGUGGUUUUCUGCAGAGUCCACUCUGUGGUCUGCAGACUCUGAGGCUGGAGGGCUGCAGGUUGUCAAAGAUCAGCUGUUCUUCUGUGGCCUCAGCUCUGAAGUCCAACCCCUCCCUCCAGAAACAUCUGGAACAUCUGGACCUGAGCAGGAACCCUCUGCAGGAUUCAGCAGUUUCUCAGCUGUGUGGUUUUCUGCAGAGUCCACUCUGUGGUCUGCAGACUCUGAGGUUGAGGAGCUGCAGUUUGUCAGAGAUCAACUGUUCUUCUCUGGCCUCAGCUAUGAAGUCCAACCCCUCCCUUCAGAAACAUCUGGAACAUCUGGACCUGAGCAGGAACCCUCUGCAGGAUUCAGGAGUUUCUCAGCUGUGUGGUUUUCUGCAGAGUCCACUCUGUGGUCUGCAGACUCUGAGGUCAGUUGACUGUCUGUUCCUGUUGUAG